UUCAGUUUCGGUUUCAGAAUCGAGAAACUCAGUUCAGUUGCCUGCGAAUCGCUGAGCCACACGGACGUGCCUCGUGGCCAUACCACACACUGGCAGUUGAGUUGGAAAAUCCCACCGAAUCCCAAAAGACUAUGCAUUUUCUGUUGCUGGCAAGCCAGAGAAGAAGAACAGCCAGAACUGGCAGACUAGGCAGCGACAGCUCUCCCGACGGCUCUGGAAGGCACUGAUAAGUCAUUGGUAACUGGUGAAAUUGAUACUGGAGCGCGAGCCCUUGAUUGAAAUGCGCGGAAGUUUCCACUUGUCGAGCCACAGCUAUCAGAGCCGCAGGGAAACCCGGUGUACUGAGUCGACGACGUUGCCACUAUAGCUAAUUGUGGGCCAUUAAUUGAUUGACGGCCACCAGCUCCAGACACGCCCCCUCAGCGGGACACGGACACAAGUAAUUCAAUAAUUAAAGAAACGUUCCUGGGAAAGCAGCACACAGUACUUAGUACCUAGGAGUACCCAGUAACCAGCAACCAGCAACCAGCAACCAGCACCAAGGACACCGGACACAGCCAUGAAGGGGCAACAGGAGGCGCAGGAGGAGCAGCUGGUGCCGCCGUACAAGCCAACAGUCAUCGUCAAGGAUGUGGCCAAGGAGAAGGAUCCGCUGGACAAGGACAAGCCGCUCGGCGAGAGCAAGCUGGCCGUGCUGCGGCAGGAGCUAAUGGUCUUCUUGGGCAACAGUGGUGUCCUCGGCUCCGGCAUGGUGGUCAGCAUGCCGGCCGUCACUCUCAAUCAGCUGCACGACGAGACGCAGCCCUUUUGGCUCAACAAGGACGAGUCCAGUUGGUUCGCCUCCAUCCAGAACAUGGCCUGUCCCUUGGGCGGACUCCUGGUUAGCUACUUCCUGGACCGCAUCGGACGCAAAUACACCAUCCUGCUCACGAACCUGAUUGGACUCAUUGGCUGGAUCCUGCUGGUCACCAGCUUCAUGCACGACAAUCGGGACAUGAUCUACUACCAGAUGCUCCUGGGUCGCGCCUUUGGCGGCAUUAUGAUCGGGAUGUUUGUGUCGCCGGUGGGCGUUUAUUCGGCGGAAAUCAGCCUGCCGCGGAUCCGGGGCCGGCUCAUUCUGGGCACUUCGCUGGGCCUGGCCAGUGGCAUCCUGCUGAUGUACUGCCUGGGCUACUUCAUACGCCACAACAUUGUGCUGAUCUUUGCCAUAAGCUGUGGCUACCAGCUGAUGGCCACCCUGCUCGUCUUCCCCAUGCCGGAGUCGCCCAGCUGGCUGCUGACCAAGGGGCGCGAAGAGCGGGCCAGGACAUCGCUCAGAUACUUCCGAGGGCUGCCAAAGAAGGAGGCGGACUACGUGCCGGAAUUCGAGGCUGAGCUGGCGCACAUGAAGGAGGUGGCGGAUGCCAGCAUGAGCACCGCAGCCAGCGAGUCCCUCAGCCAGAUGAUCCACCGACCGGAGGUCUACAAGCCCGUGCUGAUGAUGACCACCUUCUUUGGCUUCCAGCAAGCCUGCGGCGUUGUGGUGAUCAUUGUGUACGCCGUGCAGAUUGCCCAGCAGGCGGGCGUAACCAUCGAUCCGGUCCUGGUGGCCGUGAUGCUGGGCGUGGCCCGGAUCAUUACCACCUUCUUUAUGAGCGGCAUCUUUGAGAAGUGGGGCAGGAAGCCGUCCGGCAUAUUCUCGGCCACUGGCAUGGGCUUCUGCAUGCUUCUGCUGGCCGCCGGCAGCUGGUUCCCGCAGUCGGUGGGCAUGAUCCACUGGCUGCCCGUCUUGUGCAUCGUGGCCCACAUCGUGUUCUCCACCAUGGGCAUGCUCACGCUGCCCUUCUUCAUGAUCUCGGAGGUGUUCCCGCAGCGAGCGAGAGGCAGUGCCUCCGGCAUUGCCGUCUUCUUUGGCAUGAUCCUGGCCUUUGUCAUGCUGAAGAUCUAUCCCAAUAUGGAGGCGGCCCUCGGCACCGCCAACCUGUUUGCCUUCUAUGCCGGCAUAUCCUUCCUGGCGGCCGCCUUCAUUGGCGUCUUUGUGCCGGAGACAAGAGGUCGGACGCUCGAGGAGCUGGAGGAGCGCUGGCAGACGGGCAAGUUCUCGCGACGCCUCACAGUGAACAACCUGAAGGAUGUGGAAUUGCAUGAGGUCUUCCUGAAGAAGUAAUCAACGAAUGUGUAGAUUCCAAUUAAUCGAGAAGCAAGGACAAGUCCCGGGAGAGAAGGGGUUAUAGCUCGAUUCCAGUGACACGCCUCAUUAUUAUUUAUUAAUCUUAAGUUAAAUUCUUCCGAAAUAAUUGGAUAGAAAAAUAGGUUCCCUUUUUUUUUUUUUUUUUUUUUUCCUUAAAAGUUUAAUUUAAAAACCAAGAAGGAUGCUAUGGAAUCAGUGGAAUCUGGCUAUAGAGUUUUGAAACGGGUCCCGGGGUAUUCAAUCUGUGAUGUGUUAAGUACUUAGCAGCCUUGGCGGCCAUGGAAUGCGGCGUGUAGACAAUUUGAUGAACAAUAAAAACCAUUUACCAAGUAAA